UUAAAAGUUGCCCAGUAUCACAGACUGCUUGCCACUACUCCAUCCCUACAUAUAUAACUUGUCUCCCAAGCAACCAUGAACGGAUUCCUCGUAAACCAUGAAUCAUGACAACCAAGAAGAGCAAGCCUUACUGCUACGCCCAUCAUAUGCAACAUCGAAAUUCUUGCUCUGCCAUGAACUCGGCAACUUUCGAGUAAGCCUUAAAUGGUGCGCCCUCGAUCACUCCUCUUGCCUUGGAAAAUCCAUUUCCUAUUCCAUUUUCAUUUUCUUCACCCUUAUAGUCCCCAUCAUAACCUCCGUAUUUGUGCAACUCCCGUCCUCAGCUUCCCUCGAUGAUCCUAUAUCUUUCAAACUGCUUGUGCAGUUUCCGGAAUCAGGCUUAGCUCUAAUAGCUUUCUGCACUCUGUCCCGCUUCUUUAGAAGGUAUGGACUCCGCCAGCUCUUGUUCCUUGACGGCUUACAGGACGACUCUCUAUUCGUUACACGCAGAUACUCCAGGGAGCUUGAUAAGGCUUUUCGGUACCUGGCCUGCAUAUUACUUCCAUCUUUUUUCCUUCAACUUGCACAUAAAAUCAUUUACUUCUCCACCGUCAAGGUAAAAUUGCCUGGCAUUAGCAGCUCAGGUGUUCCAAUGAAUUCUAUAAUGUUUGUACUGGUGUUGGGUUCCUGGGCUUACAGGACCGGUGUGUUGCUGUUGGUGUGCGUUCUGUUCCGCCUCACUUGUGAGCUGCAGAUACUUCGGUUUGAAGGGCUCCAUAAGUUGCUGGAGGGAUGCGAGUCGGAUGUUGGCAUCAUUUUCAGGGAGCAUAUUAGGAUUAGGAAACAGUUGUCUGCUACCAGCCACAGAUAUCGAAUCUUCAUCAUCUCUUGUUUGGUUACAAUAACCAUUAGUCAACUUGGAGCUCUGCUGCUAGUUCUGGCUUUCAAAUCCGACAAAAAUUUCUUCAAUUCCGGGGACCUUGUGAUUUGUUCAGUGGUUCAGAUAAGUGGCUUUUUCUUAUGCUUACUUGGAGCAGCAAGAAUCACGCAUAGAGCUCAAGGCAUUGUAUCCAUUGCAACUAGAUGGCAUAUGAUGGUCACAUCAGCAUCGCACCAAGGGAAAUGCGUUGUUCCGGAGACUCAUGAUGCUGAUUCGUCCGACAUUUUCAUCUCACAGGAUCCUUCUUCCUUCCAAACCAGGCAGGCUUUCGUGGCAUAUUUGCAGCACAACCAUGGUGGAAUUACACUGUUUGGAUUCCCACUCGAUCGCGGAUUGUUGCACACACUCUUUGCAUUUGAGUUCUCUUUGGUGUUGUGGAUUCUGAGCAAAGUUAUAGUUCUGUCUUGACUCAAAGAUGAAGAACGGUCGUUCCUUUUGAAUAAAAAGAAGAAGUCGUCGUUUUUCUAAAUAGGGGCUUCUGGCUUUGCCAGAGCUGGAGACCGCCGAUUUUGAAGAAAGAGCAACUGUUGUGGCCGGACUUGAGAGAUCCGAUGUUUCCAUGGCAGAAAGAUGACG